AUGCCAAAAUCUGUAGAAAACCAAGAUGAACCCAAUACACAGAGCUUCAAGAUCUGUACAAGGCUCUAUCUCUGGCCACAUUUAGCAACACCGAUAAACCCUUUUAGAGAUUUUGUUAUUGUGCCAAUGAAGCGCUCGGUUCGUCCAUUGUUUAGCCUUCUUCUACUCAUUGUGUUCGCUGCUACGCUGAGCUGUCGAACCGUGGUUCGCCAUAGCUUGAGUUCGAUUGAGCUUGAAAAGAAGGUACUAAUCCAACCACCAAAGCCAGUGUUCAAUGCCACUCUGCUCAAAUACGCUGCCGUUGAUGCAAGCGAAGCUAAAGCCAAGCAGGAAAUAGAGCAACUGUUGGAGGGUAACUUUGCUAGUCUUGGUAGAUACAGGACUUUUGCUUCUUGGAGACGAUUUAAUCACCAUGAUAUCAGAGCAAGGACCUCCGUUGGCUUACCGGUAAUGCUUCGCUCUCCUCAAUUCUAUCGUUAUUGGUUGGAUUUUAGGAGAGUUUUGAGUGACUGGUCAAGAAACAAACGGUUUCAGCCUGAUGUUAUGUUGGAUUUAGUUAGGCUUGUUAGAUAUCCCAUUGAUAGGCACAGUGGUUUGGUGGAUUCAGAACAACGACGCUAUUCCUCGUGUGCAGUUGUUGGGAAUAGUGGGAUCUUGUUGAAGAGUAAUCAUGGUGCUUUAAUUGAUAGUCAUGAGGUAGUAAUUCGAUUGAACAAUGCGAGGAUUCAAGGUUUUGAGGGGAAAGUUGGGUCGAAAACAAAUAUUUCGUUUGUAAAUAGUAACAUUUUGCAUCUUUGUGCUAGGAGAGAUGGUUGUUUUUGCCACCCUUACGGACUUAAUGUGCCUAUGAUUAUGUACAUUUGUCAACCGCUGCAUUUCUUCGAUUACACGGUAUGUAAUAUAUCACACAAAGCGCCUUUGCUUGUGACUGAUCCUCGGUUUGAUGUGUUGUGUGCAAGGAUUGUGAAGUACUAUUCAUUGAAACGGUUUGUCGAGGAGACAGGGAAGUCGUUUGAUCAGUGGGGGGCUCUUCAUGAUGGUGCUAUGUUUCAUUACUCUUCUGGUAUGCAAGCUAUUAUGCUUGCUUUGGGAAUUUGUGACAAAGUUAGUGUAUUUGGAUUUGGGAAGUCGGAUUCAGCUAAGCAUCAUUAUCAUACAAAUCAAAAGGCUGAGCUUCGGCUGCACGAUUAUCAGGCAGAGUAUGAUUUCUAUCGCGAUCUAGUUGAGAGACCACAGGUAAUACCGUUCAUUUCAGACAAGUUCAAGAUUCCUCCUGUGGUUCUAUAUCAAUGA